AUGGGAGGAGCGCAUAGCACGGCUGAAGUGCAUUUCGAAGAAAAGCCCUGUACUUCGAGAAGUCUGGUCGAUGGAUGGCUGUAUAGCCCCAAUGAAGGAGACACGUUGACUAACACGGACUCGCCAGCAUACCUUCCCCUAGCCGGCACCUCAGUAGCCCUGGCCCUCGCCGACGGCAACGAAGCCAGGAUACCGACAUACGUGCUGCCGCACAUCAGCAUGUUCGCAUUCCUCGUAGAAGUGUGGCAGAUCUCGCGCUAUGAGAUAGGAGUGCAACGCAAUACCGCCUUCGUCGGUGCAACCACCGUCGCCAUCGGGCUGACAGCGCUCGAGGUGAUGUGCAUCAAUACGCUCAGGCACGGCGUCGACACCAUCAUCAGCGAUCGUCAGAUACCCGCCGCGAUAACCGUGGUCGUGCUGUGCAUGGUGUUGGGCUACUGGCCCCUAUCCGUCGAAGUCUUGCGCCAUCAGGGAAGGGCAGUUUCGGUAGAUGGGAUGGCGUUGACGUGGGGUGUGCUGGCAUCUUUCUGCUCUCUCGCCUCUACACGCGCCGUUGUCCACAGAGAGGCCCGCAUACUAGGGACCGCCGUCUAUGCCAUAUCGCUCGUCCUAGAGAUCGGAUUCCUGAUCUCGCAUCUAAUCUGGAAGCUGCGGACGCGGAAGGUCAGCUCGCUGGCCAAGACGCUAGGGAUCACGUUCGACGAGCUCUGGGACGAAUAUGCCGAACUCGGUGAGCCGUUCCCCUUCGUGGAGAGCCGGAAGUGGGGAUCGAGGGUCAGAUCUGCUUCCACUGUGAAAGCGCAGGCCCGUAUCGUGGGUGCUUCUGAGCUUGGUGAUAAUUCCACGUGGACAAGAGUUGCGUUUUUACCUCCUGCUACUGUAUCCCGAAACUGA